AUGGAAGGUGAUUACUAUCGCUAUUUUUCAGAAGUAACAACUGGAGAUGAAACUCUGAAAAUGAUUAAAGAGGCACAGCGGGCCUAUGAUGAAGCUAUAAACUUAUCCAAUGCAAACUUGUUACCGACACAUCCUAUCCGACUGGGUCUUGCUCUCAAUUACAGCGUUUUCCUGUAUGAGAUCAUAAAUAACCCAGGGUCUGCUUGUCGUUUUGCUAAGCAGGCAUUCGAUGAUGCUAUAGAGGAUUUGGACUCUCUUACCGAAGACUCGUACAAAGACACUACACUGAUCAUGCAAUUGCUUCGAGAUAAUCUCGUAUUAUGGACAACCGACAUGGAAGAAUAA